AUGGUCGAACUUCGCAAACGCAAAGCCCCUGCGCCACCUCCGGUCGUGCAAAAGAAAAGUAAAGCGGCCCCGAAGCCCAAAGAGACCGACACUCCCAGCGAAGCCCCAACGUCAAAGGUGCCUCAGGUCGACGACAUCAUCGAUCUAGAAGGUUUUGGUGGGGAGGUUGAGACCAAUGAUGGUACUAAGACAAAUUUGAAGAAGCUCGUGGAAGAAAGCUCGUCAGGUGUCGUGCUAUUCACCUAUCCUAAGGCGUCAACCCCUGGCUGUACAAAGCAAGCGUGUUUGUUCCGUGACAACUACGAACAUCUUAUAUCUACCGGCCUUUCUAUUUAUGGUCUAUCGGCCGAUUCACCUAAAGCCAACACUACUUUUCAAACAAAGCAAAACCUACCCUAUCCGCUUCUCUGUGAUUCUGGCGCAACAUUGAUUGGCGCGGUGGGGCUCAAGAAGGUUCCCAGGGGCACCACCCGAGGUGUCUUCGCUGUGGAUAAGAAGGGCAAGGUUUUGCUUCGAGUGACCGGUGGCCCAGAUGCAACUGUGGAUGCAGUACAAGCACUAGUGGCUCCAGGCUCCAGCAACGAGAGUGCGCAAGAUGAGGACAGCAGACUUAAGGAGGUCAGAGUCUUCUCCAUCAUGGCCCGCGAUAUCCUGAAAGCCGCCAAGUCGGCCUCGAAAUCGGCCUCGAACGUCAUUCCAAUCGGCCAGAAAUACUCUCUUCAGUCCACUGGUAUCUGGGAGCGAAUCCGCCGUGUCCUCGCCGUGGACCCCGAGCGUUCGACCGGUGUCCCAUUGAAUUCGCAGUUCCGUCUGCCAACCCCCGGUUCUCUGCCUCCCCUGUCCUACGAUGAUCCGGUGACCAUUCCCGCGGGUGACCUUGCCGACAACCCAUACUGGAAGCGGGACGUCCGGAGAAACUACCCUCAGCUGAGCACUGUCAGCCAGGCCGAUGCUGUGAGCCUUCUCACGGUCGGCAGUCAGGCCGCCCCCAAGGAUGAUGUUCUGCAGGUUGGAGAGGCAGGAGAGAAGCAAUUGGUAUCGGUUAAGGAACAAGGCGAGGAGCGAGGCUUGGCUGCGCUCUUUGAGAAAGACCAAAAGAGCAUUCAGGGUGUCCUAGGCGCCAACGGCCUGCCCCCAACACCCUGCAACAUCAACCCUGUUGCUCAGUCCUCGCAAUCAAAAUAUGAGAUGGGCCAUGGCCAAGGCUACCCCGAUGUGUAUCCUUGCCGCACUUUUGUUUAA